AUGGUGACUGGUUACCAGGAUUCCCUCGGGAACCCAGACCUUGCUAACUUCUUCCCUUUUUUGCGGUUUCUUGACUUGCAAGGCAAUAGUAGGAAGAUAAGGGGUGCUCAGAGAGCUUGUUUCAGAGACUUCUUGGAUGCGCUUAUCGAUCUCCAACAAGGAGAUGAACCUGAAAUCAACAUUGACGAGAUCGAACAUCUACGUCUUGAUCUGUUUGUAGCGGGGACAGAUACAAACUCUAGUACCGUGGAAUGGGCAAUGGCAGAGUUACUUGGAAACCCGAAAACGAUGACAAAAGUUCAAGAAGAGAUCAAUCAUGUGAUAGGGCAAAACGGCGACUUCCAAGAGUCUGAUAUCUCAAAACUGCCGUAUUUACAAGCGGUCAUUAAAGAAACAUUCCGAUUACACCCGGCUGCUCCAUUUCUCCUCCCAAGAAAAGCCGAAACCGACGUAGAGAUUCUUAGAUUCCAUGUGCUUAAAGAUUCUCAGGUUCUUGUGAACGUCUGGGCCAUAGGAAGAGACCUUAGGUUGUUAGAAACAAAUCAACUUGAUAUUUGGCUUAACUUCAAUGCAUUGAUCAUGUCUUGA